CAAAUCUACGUCGAAGAGAAAUUCGGCCCUGUGACAAAAACUGGAGAGGAAGAGAAAAAGCGUCAGCUAGCCGACAAACGUGUGGCCAUCAACUACACCUACACAGACUCGUCAUUGCCGACACCGUCGACGAAAUCCGAAGAGAAGCCUGCCGAAGAGGAAGACGACGACAGCGACAUGGACCUCGACGUCUGCGUCGACGUCACGCAGCUAAACCGGGACCAGUGCACGGAAAUGAACGAGGCAGCGAAAAAAUAUCGGGUUCCCGGCGAUAAUUACGUGAAUUAUUUGUACGAGGAUCAUCUGGAGCAAGAGGCGUUACGAAAGGCGAAGCAGGAAGAAGAAGAAAAGCAGGCGAUUUCAGGGAAAAAGGGCAGACGGGAACGAAGGCAGUUUCGAGAGCGGAAAAUGAUUUCCAUUCACAGGAAACUCAGUCCACCGAGAUUAAUGCGACCAAUUCUCAAACGAAUGACCAAAGUAACCUACAUUACGUCCUUCGGUGGCGACUCCGACGAAGAAGACGCCGGCGCCGCUGGUGAAAAGGACUCCGGUCCGCGCGGCAUUUUCAUUCCGAUCACGGCUCGCCGCCACGACGACACCGACGGCAAGAAAUCCGCCUCGCACGGGGCACCAAGCAUCUCUAAAGGAUUAACUUUAGGCGCCGCGGCGUACGAAGCGGCGGCGAAGAAGGAGCGGGAGUCGCGAAGGAGACGGAGUCGGAGGAGCUCAAGCGAAGAUAGCCGGGGAAGAAGAAAAAGAAGAAACAGCGUUAGAUCGGAUUCUUCGGGGUCGAGGAGAAGGAGGCGAAGGCGGCGCUCGAAUAGUCGGAGC